UCACCGUGGCACUCUCAGCACUGAACAAGAAGCAAAGUCAUUGCAAGCACUUCCAUCUUUCCUUGAUGAGAAAAAUGAGCUGGGUGUUCUUACGUGAUCUGCUGAGUGGAGUGAAUAAAUACUCAACAGGAAUUGGAAGAAUUUGGGUAGCUGUUGUGUUCCUGUUCCGCUUACUGCUUUAUGUUGCUGCCGCAGAAAACAUCUGGAAACAUGAACAUGAUGAAUUCGAGUGCAAUAUCAAGCAGCCUGGUUGUGAAAAUGUCUGCUUUGACCAUUUCUUCCCUGUCUCUCACAUCAGAUUUUGGGCUUUGCAAUUAAUCAUGGUCUCCACCCCUUCACUCUUGGUUGUCUUUCAUGUUGCUUACAGAGAGAACAGAGAGAAACACCACAACCAGAAACUUUACAAAAAUCCAGGAAAUAUAGAUGGUGGAUUGUUGUGCACUUACCUAAUCAGCCUCAUUUUAAAAAUAGGACUUGAAAUAUUUUUUCUUGUUCUGUUCUAUAAAUUGUACAACGGAUUCAAAAUACCACAUCUUGUGAAAUGUGACAUAAAACCAUGUCCCAAUACUGUAGACUGUUAUAUUCCCAAACCCACAGAGAAAAUGAUUUUCCUCUAUUUUAUGGUGGCAACUUCAUGCCUGUGCAUUGUAUUAAAUCUAAGUGAACUGAGUUAUCUGAUGUUCAAAUACUCCGUAAAAUGUUAUCUGAAGAGACACGUGAAGAAGCAGCAAGGCUCAAAAAGCAAUUGCUGCGAAUCAGAACUCAUCAGGCACAACAGAGCAGCAGCUGCAGGGCGACUCCACAACAGCUCAUCAUCCUUGCCUCUGAAUAUGCAAGAUGAACAUGAAAAACAUUCCCCGCUGACUUGA